UCCUUGUCGAGAUUAAAAGUUGGUGUCCGUCUCCUCUCUGCCCAGAUACAGUGCUGCAGUCGGACCUGUUGCGAACAGAGGAUAGACAUCAUGUCUGUGGACGAACAACAGAACGCUUUGCUGAGGAAUUCUCAACAGGACAUAGUCAGUCACAACGACGUGGAGGUCCGAUCCAUGGCUCCCAGCCAGGUUACCGGCCAAAGGAGCAGCGGCUGGAAGCGUGGAUUCCUCUACACCGGCGUGUCCAUCCUGGCGGCCAUGCUGAUCGCUGGGCAGGUGGUCAGCGUCAUGUUUCUGCUGAAGCAACAGGACAAGAUAAUGAACCUGCAGAAGACAACGGAUCGGAUUGAGCGCAAGCGCAUGCCAAGCAGCGGCCCGUACAGACCGAAACCAAUCAUGCAUAUGCGGCCGAUGAUAAUGGAUCUCCCGAUGUCGUACAUAGACCCCAUGGCUGAAGCUCCAAAGGCUCCGGCAACCACUCCUCAGCCAAUGACCGUGCUGGAACAAGUGCAGCAACUAUUGAAGGAAGGCAACAGGAGCGUGGAGAUGCCAGAACUGAAGGAGGGUUUCUCCAACAACCUGAAACUUCUGAAGCAGAGCCUGAAGGAAAGUGACUGGCAGGAGUUUGAAUCUUGGCUUCAGAACUGGCUCCUAUUCCAACUUGUUCAGGGUGAGAAGAAACCAGCUCCGACCAGAGCAUCCCGGAUCCAGCCCCAACCUGACCCCCAGCCUCAGGCAGGUAGGAAGAUCUUCUCCGGCAUGGCGAUGAGGCCAAUGCUUCAUGUUCUGCCACUCUCCGCAGACCAACCCAAGGCAUCCGAAAUGCCCAAGCUGGCGCCUGUAACAAGGGUCAAGAGACCAGAGACUGAGUGUGAGAGGCAGCAGAGCCGGAAGAUGAUUCCUGGCAGUUUCCGCCCCUCUUGUGACCAGGAUGGGAACUUUCAACCGAAGCAGUGUUGGCCCAGUACAGGAUUCUGCUGGUGCACCUAUCCAAAUGGGACUAAGAUUGAGGGAACUGCAACUCGAGAACCCCUGCAUAGUUGUAAAAUUUUUAAUGCUUAAGGAAGCCACAUCGUUGGACGAGGUCAUCUAGACCAGCUUUACUCCCCAGACAUACAUUAAUUGCAUAGAUCGAUUUUUUAUUAACAUCGGAUUUGAUUGAUAACUGUUGAUAUCUGACUUGUAGCCAGUAGAUUCAUUUCCUUACUUGCUUAAGAUUCAUCCACAAGAAUUUUUUUCUCUUAGAAGUAGAAAAAUCAGACUGGCUCGAUCUUUGAAAUUCCUACAACUUGAUGGCAUGAACAUCAAUUUCUCCAACUUCCAUUGAUUUCUCUCUCCUCCCCCUUCUGUUUUUUUUUCCAUUCCCCAUUCUCAACCCUUCUCUUCUCCUCACCUGCCCUGUCCAUCACCUCCCUCUGGUUCCCCUUUUCCUUCCCUUCUUCACAUGGUCCUCUCUCCUAUCAGAUCCCUUCUUCUUCAGCUCUUUACCCCUUCUACCUAUUACCACCCAGCUUCUUCCCUCACCCACCCAUCUCUUCUCCUCACCUCCGUUUGGUGGCCUCUCAUGAGGGGCAGAGUGAAUCAUAGAGGAGCAGUUUAAGAUUCUCUGCAAAACAAUUGCAUUAGUGUUAAUUACUUUAUUUACCAUUUUGUUUGAAGUUAGAACUACCUAUAAUUAAUUUGCUUCCAAUUAGUAAUAUUAGUAAUUAGUAAUAUUGCUUCCAGAUCUCAUUUAAUAUCUGGUAAUCGCUAACUACUGCUUGGGGAGAUUAUUUUGCAAUAAAGGAAAUGGCUUUGAUUUUGAUUUUCUUUGGGUUGUGGAGACAGUUGAAAUUGGUUGAGUAAAAAUUGAACAUCUGGCUUAUCACAAAGGACUAUUAAACGGCCUCAGUUGUUAAAUGUA